CCCGUAAUAUACAGUAAUGCACUUUUAUCCUAUAACUAACCUACCUCCCACUCACAGUGAUGGUGUAACUAAUGACAAACAAAAUAUUAUAUACCACCUCAAGUGAUCUCUAAGUUGAAAGGUCAAGAUAUUAAGUAUUGAAAGGGUAAGGGAAGAAUGUGGACUUGUGCCCACAGUGCCCACUUGAUGCUGUUCUUGAAUGCUCCACUUUAUAAAUAUCUCAAGUCAAUUCGUCAUGUUAUUGUUUUGUCAAGGGUUCCCACAAUGGUUGGUUGGGGAACAGUGGGAGGAAUAGCCAUUGUCCACUUCACAGAUUGGAGGCUGAUCCUGGAAUGGGUUCCUUACAUUAACGGCAAGUUCAAGAAGGACAACUAGUCACCUCUACUGCUCUGAAUUGACUACCAUUGCGGUAUGGGUGGAGUGUUAUUCUGCGUUGGCUAAAUUAGGAUACCCUGAUAUACCGAUCAAGCGGGGCUUAUUAGAAUUGGAUCAAUUGGAUGUAUUUUUAGGUGGAAUACUGUUCUGGUUCAAAUGCUAUUUGAUCUGAAUAAAAUACAUUUACUUAGCAUACAAUGUCAUUAUUCUACACAUUUUUUAUGGUAUUAUUCUACACUGCCAGUCAUUCUGAAUAUGAAUGCAAUGUUUGACUUGCAAACGUAUUGUUCCACUGUAUGAAAGUGUUUUUCGUGAAUAAAUGUAAUUUACAAGUUUAAUUAAAUUGUUGAAAGAUUCUUGCUCUUUUUGUGUAAAAAGUGAAAGUGGACAUACAGCAUAAAGACAAAGCCUUUUAGAAGGACAUGUUACUACCAUCUAAUUGCAUUUCAUCAGUGAGAGAAAAGUUUACAAAAUGAUUUAAAUAUUUAACAAACUAA